AUGGCAAGCGACUCGGGUGGGCCAGAAUGGCCCGUUAAAGAUAUCGUUUAUACAGCCAUUGUUGGAGUCGUCAUGAUUAUGGCGCUGCUAGAGUGGUUUCUCUGGCUAGCGGCCUUUGUCUAUUGCUUGUAUAAAGCAUUCCGAAAGGCCGAACAUUGGUCCAUCAACGUCCUAUGUGUUGUUGUCGGCAUAGCAUUCGUGGCUUUCAGGGCCAUCUUUCUCCCCAUCAUGGUGGUGACCUUGCCACUGCCAAGUCAAGUCUCCAAGUACUGGCCAGAAUCUGUCGUCUCAGUUCUCCAAUGGUUUGCAUUCUGGAGCUUUUCUAUCCUUCUUACUGUGCCUUGGCUCUUCUGCGUCUAUCAACUUGUCACCAACCAGCUUGGACGCACAAAGCGCAUGAAGCAAGUGCUCGAUGAUGUCACCGCGCCAAAAGUUGUGAUUGUUAUGCCAUGCUACAAGGAAGAGCCUGAUGUGCUUAUUACAGCUAUCAACUCGGUUGUUGACUGCGACUAUCCUGCCGCCUGCAUUCAUGUAUUCCUGUCAUUCGAUGGAGAUCAAGAAGAUGAGCUCUAUCUCAAUACGAUAGAGAAGCUAGGAGUUCCUCUGACCAUGGAGUCUUACCCGAGGAGCAUCGACGUCACAUACAAGGAAGCCCGCAUAACCAUCUCUAGAUUUCCUCAUGGGGGCAAGAGACACUGCCAAAAAUCGACGUUUAAGCUCAUCGAUAGAGUGUACGAACAAUACCUCAAGAUGAAUGACAAUCUUUUCAUCCUCUUCAUCGAUUCAGACUGCAUACUGGACAAAGUUUGCUUGCAGAACUUUGUUUAUGACAUGGAGCUAAGUCCCGGCAAUUCUAGAAACAUGCUGGCCAUGACUGGCGUCAUUACGUCGACCACGAGAAAACAUAGCAUCAUCACCCUGCUUCAAGAUAUCGAGUACAUUCACGGCCAGCUAUUUGAACGUACAGUCGAGUCCGGCUGCGGAUCUGUGACAUGUCUUCCGGGCGCCUUGACUAUGCUUCGAUUUUCCGCGUUUAGGAGGAUGGCCAAGUAUUAUUUUGCUGACAAGGCAGAGCAAUGUGAGGACCUGUUCGAUUUUGCAAAGUGCCACCUGGGAGAGGAUCGUUGGCUCACCCACCUCUUCAUGAUUGGCGCAAAGCAGCGAUACCAGAUUCAGAUGUGCACGUCGGCAUUUUGUAAAACUGAAGCUGUACAGACCUACCGCUCCCUUAUUAAGCAGCGGAGGCGAUGGUUUCUGGGCUUCAUCACGAACGAGGUGUGUAUGCUGACAGACUGGCGGCUGUGGAAACGAUAUCCUCUCUUGGUUAUUGUGCGCUUCAUGCAAAACACCAUCCGAACGACUGCUCUUCUCUUUUUCAUCAUGGUUCUCGCACUGAUAUCGACUGUUGCCAAAGUCAAAGACCUGCCGGUUGGGUUCAUCGGAGUGUCGCUGGGGUUGAACUGGUUGCUCAUGAUAUACUUUGGGGCGAAGCUUCGACGAUUCAAAAUAUGGCUUUAUCCACUCAUGUUUGUUUUGAACCCCUUUUUCAACUGGUACUAUAUGGUAUAUGGCAUAUUCACCGCCGGCCAGAGGACAUGGGGAGGGCCUCGGGCGGAUGCUGCCGCUGCCGAUACCAAUACAACAGCACGAGAGGCGGCUGAGAAGGCCGAGAUGCAGGGCGAUGAGCUCAACGUGGUUCCCGAGAGCUUUCUGCCAGCUCAUGAGGCGCGAAAGGCGGCAGCCUCCAAAGGCGCAUCCCCCAACACUACGCUUGGACGCAAGAGGAGCAUUGUCAGGCCCCCUGAUGGCGUUGACGGGAUGUUCUCAGCUCGGAAAAAGACGCCAGCCGGACUUUAUACACACUUUGACGAGUCAGAUGUUGAAAUUGACACGCCCCUUGCAUCCUCCACUACUCCAUCUUCCUCCUGGGACGUAAUGCGGGCAGGCUCUUUCGAGGGAUUUGAGCUCAACGGACCCGGGACUGUUUCAGUGGACCAGUUCAUGGGAGAGGAAGAUAGGAGAAAGUAUGCCAUAGCCCAACGGGCACAGGUUCAGCGGACGACCAGACCCGGUACCGGACUAAGCAAGGAAUCACCGGAUGUAGAGCUUAUUGACCUAUCAUCAGAUCCGUAA